GGUCAGAUCGCCUGCAUUGCUGGAAUCAUAACAAGUCUGCAGCCAUCAUGGCGAAUCCACGGAAGUUCAGUGAGAAGAUAGCUUUACAUAAUCAAAAGCAGGCAGAGGAGACAGCUGCUUUCGAAGCUAUUAUGCGCGAAGUUUCGGGAGCUACUAGGGGGGCGUUUCAAAAACAUUUGCACAUUACCCAAAACCUUGGUGCAUACCGUGGAGGGUCUCUACCCAAUGUGAACCAGAUUGCGUCCAGCAAUAGUGGAAUUCUGCAGACUGCACUGCAAAACCUCAAAGACAUUGAACAAGGCAGAGCUGGUCCACGUGAUCGCUCUAGACAAGGAUUAGUACAACAGCGAGGUCGUGCAUUUCCAACACGAGCUGAUUGCUCACCUUAUGGAGCAACAACUUACCUAUCACUUCCUCCAGACACCAGUUGGCGCAGGUUAUACCCACAUCUUAAUGGCGUGUCACUUCCCCGAACCAACUCAGAUUCGGCAUUACAUACAAGUACAAUGGUGCAACAAGUAGACAAUAUAUUGACUUCCAACACACCUCCCACUCAUAAAAGAGUUCUUCAAGUAGCUGAGGAAAAUUCAGUUCAAGAUAACAUGAAGUACUGGGACCCUAAAAAGCUUGGUCAAGUCCGGCCCAAAUCCUGUGAAGUUCCCAACAUCAACAUCUACCCAUCACAAGAACAGGACUCUGGUGUGCACAUCCCAAUUUCCAAUCAUGCUGGAUCAUUGCCUGACUUAUCAGUACUUCAGUUUCCUUCACCAUUAGUGACACCACUUGAUGAAGAAGAGCAGAACUUUGCUUCAUCCGUCACAACUGGCAGUAAUAUAAAUCUGUCUCCAAAUAUGAACAUGUCUCCUACUCAAGUAUCACCGCCCCAGCAGUCUGUGUCAGCUCGACGGAACCUACAGUCAAGUCCAAGUCCGUUGGUACUAACAAAUGUCAACCAAAUGAGAUUGCCACUUUCUCCACCUGUGUCCUGUGUCAAUCCCAACAGUGGGUUGACUGGCGUCUCUGGGUCAGCAUCAUCCCAGUCAUCUUCUCGUGUGCUUCAAUGCAUGUAUUCCCAGGUGCCUCACAGACAGCAACCUCAUGGAGGAGGACAACAGCCGGUGGCACAACAACAACAACAUCAUCAUCAACAACAACAACAACAACAACAACAACAGCAUCACCACCCACCUCAACAAGUACAUCAUCAUAUAGCUCCGCAAGUACAUGUCACGCCACCACCUUGUGAUGAUUCACAAGUCAAUCGAACAAAGCCUUCUCUGACACAGUAUAGAAAUAGUGAAAGUAGCUGUCAGUCACCCACAUCACCACUGUCCCAGACUUCAUAUUCACCUGUACAAUCACCUGGUUUACCACCAAACUCCACCUCUUUAGAUAACACUGCCUGUACUGAAGCCUUCUACAUACAACAGCAGAAGACUAACCAAUUACAACAUCAACUGGAGCACUUCAAUAUGCUUCAAGAUAAUCAACCAAGUCUAAAUUCUUGCAACUCCAACUCAUUAACUAACCUGGCUGGUUACUCAAUUUCACCUCAAACAUUGGAAUUCACUGAAGAGGAUAUGCAGAGCCUGACUGCCGUCACGGGUGGUAACCAGGAAUUUAAUUUAUCAUCUUUCUACUCGGAUUUGAAUCCCCUUUGUACUCAACCACAGCAGCAGUUGUUGAAUACAGCUGUGACAUCACCACAACACCAACAGUCACCUCAACACCACCAAACCAGCCACCAACAGCAACAGACACAACAGCAACAUACACAUCCACAACAGCAGCAACCAUCAUCUCCACACCAUCCACAUCAACAGUUAUCACCACAAAAUAACAGUAAGAUACCACAUAUCAUAUUUACUGAUAGGCCAGCAGGGGACUGGAAGUAUCUGCUCCAAGAUGAAAACACCAACCCGGGUGCUGAUGAUUUGUCCAGGCAAGAUUUUGCUCGAGAGCUUGGUAAUGCAAUAACUGGGCUUAAUGACUUUGACGCCGAUUACUUACCUGAAGAGGAAGCUUUGAAAAUUGGAUUGGUACCACUGGAUAUCGACGAUGUCCAGAUGUUAACAGAUCCCAAUCUUGUUACUGAUGCUGCCACUGAGGAUUCCUUUAAACUCGACCGGCAGUGAGGCAACAUCAUUGCAGUCUACAUGUAACGGUGUUUCAAGCGACAUCAACAUUUGUUGUUCUGCAUUAGCCAAGCGAGAUGCAUGAUUAAUAUUGCCUGUCAAAAAAUCUGGAAUAUCUACCCUGACCCUUGAAAAAAAAUGAAUAACAAACAAUUUUUUUGCUGCUCAAUCAUCUCCAGUAUUCCAGAUAUAUAUAUAUAUA